AAUUUCCGUAAAUUGCAGGGGUGGCAAGUGAAAACUUCAAAAAAAAAAUAAUAGAAGAAAUCAGAAUGCCCCCAAAUCAUAACCCAAACCCCGUUCCCGUCUUUCUCCCUCCGGCCACACCAUGGCAGCACUGGUCGACACCCUCCUCCAGCGCUCCCUGGACGACCUAAUCAAAUCCCUCCGUUCCCAGCCAACCCUCGAAUCCUCCAUCAUCUCCCGCUCCGUCUCCGAGAUCCGUCGUGAGAUCCGCUCCACCGAUCCCCUCACCAAAUCCACCGCCCUCCAAAAGCUCUCCUACCUCUCCUCCCUCCACUUCCUUGACAUCUCCUGGUCCUCCUUCCACUCCCUCGAGCUCCUCCCCUCUCCUUCCUUCACCUUCAAACGCCUAGCCUACCUCUCCGCCUCCCUCUCCUUUCACCCCUCCUCCGACCUCCUCCUCCUCGCCACCAACCAGCUCCGCAAAGACCUAUCUCCCUCAUUCCCUUCCCCAGUCAUCUCCCUUGCCCUCGACUUCCUCUCCCUUACCGCCUCCCCCGACCUUGCCCGCGACCUCACCCCUGAGAUCCACUCCCUCUUGUCCUCCCCCAACCCCUCCAUCCGUACGAAGGCCACCGCCACUGCCCUCCGCAUCUUCACUCGGUAUCCCGACUCCGUUCGCGUCGCCUUCAAGCGCCUCGUUGACAAUAUCGACUCCUCCGCCGCCAUCGGCGUCUUCUGUGAGCUCUCCGCGUCCGAUCCGAAGCCCUAUCUUCCCCUUGCCCCUGACUUCUACCGCCUGCUCGUUGGUUCCAAGAACAACUGGAUCCUCAUCAAGGUGCUCAAGAUCUUCGCUCGCCUUGCUCCGCUAGAGCCUCGCCUUGCUCGCCGGAUUGUUGAUCCUGUUUGUGAACAUUUGCGUAGGUCUAAUGCAAAGUCGCUUGUGUUGGAGUGUGCGCGAACUGUUGCUUUGAGCCUUGCUGAUUAUGAUGAAGCUGUGAGGUUAGUUGUUGAGAAGGUGGGGGAAUUUUUGGCUUCUGAAGAUGAUGCUAAUCUUCGGUAUCUCGGCCUGCAUGUGCUCUCGAUGCUCGGGCCAAGACAUUCUUGGGCGGUGGAGAUGAACAAGGAGCUUGUCAUCAAGUCUCUCUGUGAUCCUGACACUAAUAUCCGGCGGGAGGCAUUGUUCUUGAUAAUGGAGAUGUUGUUUGAGAGCAAUGUGGUUGACAUCUCUAUGCUUCUUGUCGGUUUUGCGUCCAAGUCGAUGCCCAACCCAGAGUUCUGCAAUGACAUAUUGGAAGCUGUACUCUCGGCUUGUGGGAGGAAUGUGUAUGAGCUAGUGAUGGAUUUUGAUUGGUAUGUUGGGCUUCUUGGGCAGAUGUCGCGAAACCCACAUUGUGCAAAGAGUGAUGAGAUUGAGAGGCAGAUUGUGGAUAUUGGGCUGAGGGUGAAGGAUGCGAGGCCAGAGCUUGUUCGUAUUGCUCGUGAUCUCUUGAUUGAUCCUACGUUGCUUGGAAAUCAUUCAAUUCACAGGAUACUGUCUGCUGCUGCUUGGAUUUCAGGGGAGUAUGCUGAGUUUUCGAGGAACCCUUUGGAGCUCUUGGAAGCAUUGCUGCAGCCGAGAACCAAUCUUCUGCCAACAUCGGUGAGAGCUGUUUAUAUUCAGGCAGUAUUUAAGGUUCUCACUUUUUGUUUCUGCUCGUACUUUGAGAGAUUAGAGUCUGGUCACAUGUUAUCAUCUCUUGGAAAUCCGAUUGCUGGAACAGGAUGCCAAGAAGAAUCUGAUGUUUCCACUGUUGUAUUUGGAAAAGGUGACAAUGCUGCAGUCGGAAAUUUGAAUAAUACUGGUGCUAUUGGUUGUAAACCAGAUUCUUUGUCAGGUUCAGUAAAUUUGGAUGAACAAUUUACUCAUGCAUCUGUCUUGCGCAUGUUGAAUUUGAUUGAGACUGCGAUGAUUACCCUCUCAGAUUGGGGUGAAGUUGAGAUUCAGGAUAGGGCACUGAGUGUAUUAUGUCUGAUUCACAUGUUGCAAAGAUUUCAAGUUUGGAACAGGGAUGAGGAGGGACUGAGGAAAGAUCGCAGAGUCAGUGAGUUUGCCAACCUGAUGUCUGGUGUAUUUAACCAAGAACUAGGCCCAGUUUCAGCAAAUUCUCAGAAGAGAGUUUCUGUUCCUGAUGGACUUAUUCUCAAGGAAAAUCUAGCUGAUCUGACAGCAGUUAUAGGUGAGGAAGUUAAUGUUUCUGUGUCUGCUUCAACAUCUUUUUCCAUCGAAAAACAUCACAAUGGGGAAACAGGGGAGGAAUCCAAAAUAUUGACAGAGUCCACCUCUCUACUUAGUGAACACCGUAAGAGGCAUGAAUUAUAUUAUCUUCCUGCUGGUAAAGAUGAAGCCCAAUCAAAUGAUUACCCCCCUGCUAAUGACCCUCAACUUCCAGUCAGUCAAGGUGGUGCUUCUGAGGGUCUUGUUGAGUUGACUGAUCAACCAUUGUUGUCCAGACAUAGAAAGCCCACAAAACCACGGCCUGUAGUGGUGAAGUUAGAUGACGUAGAUGUGCGAGAAAAUUCUGCACCGAAAUCAACAAUGGACUUGAAAGAUGAUUUACUUUCUGGUGUUGUUUGUGAUGUCCUUCUUGGCAAUGAAGAUAAACCCACGAAAUCUCAGAGGAAGUCUUCAAAAUCCCAGAGAAGAAAAAAAGAUCGACCAACACAUAUUGAGCCUGCAUAUCAAUUGAGAGAGAGUGGAAAUUUGGUUCAUGUGGAACAUGGGAGCUCAAGUUCUAAAAUCAGUAGACAUGGCCACAGUAAAGGAAAACAAAGUAGCUCACAGGGAAUUGAGGAUAAAGAAGAUGGAAGCCAGAAGAAUAUGACGAAUAGUCAACAUCAUUACAGAAAGCACAAACAUAAACAGGAUAGGGAUGCUCUUCCAAAUUUGCUGCCACAAACCCCGGUAAUCCAAGAUUUUUUGUUGUGAUUGAUUCUCUGCUUCAUAUAUACAUGUGUAUUUGUUCUUGAGUUCGUUCCUUUGGCACUGUGAAUUUCUAUCCAUUUACUGUGGUAUGAAUAUAUUUGUUCCAGUUUUUACUGCCA